AACAAAUAGAAGUCGAAUAAUUAAAUUUCUUUGAACUGAUUUGAAACUUUUUACCGAAGAAGGAGUCAACAUAAUCAACCAGGUUAACAUUACCGUGUAGAAUCAUAAGCGGCGUCCAUCAACCAGCAGUUAAUGAGUUAACGGUUAUAUAACGGCUCGUGACCAUAGCUCGUGACAUUUAAACCGUCGACAGGAGUGCUGUUUGGAUUUACCGUUGAUGACGUCCAAGGACUUCAAAUGAGACCAGCUGUGAUGUUUUGAUGCUACUGGAAAUCUACAGAAGAAGAAGCCAUUAAAAGUGUCUCUCUAUCAUUCUGCAAGCUGUCCAUUCAUCCAUCCAUCCAUCCAUCCAUCCAUCUGUCCGUCCACUUGGGUGGUGGACGUCCCGCGGACUCCGAAUGCCUGCAGUGUCAGAGAGGAGAUCCCAUCUUUCAGCAUCAGGAUCCAGAGUCCAGAAAACACACACUCAUCUCUGGCCCCUCACUCAGCAGACCCCCACCCCAGCAUCCCAUCAUGCUUUGCCUGGCUGUAUUAUGACAGGUGUAGUGUAGGUUGCCACCAGUUGGACUUUCCAGCGACUCUCAGAGGGCCUCCUGCAGAGUCGCCUCGAGCCACCGUAGUGCGACGUCACAAACCAAGAUGGCGCUCCCCGUGCGGACAAACUUGAAGCAUCUGUUCAGAUUCAUUCAGAAGUUUCACUCUCCCAAAAGAUCCCUCUGCGUGGAAACAUGUUCGGAACAGAAGGUGCCCUCAGGAGGUGGACGAGUGUUUUCAGGGAUACAACCGACCGGGGUUCCCCACCUGGGUAAUUACCUGGGUGCUCUGGAGAACUGGGUGGCCCUGCAGAACCAGUAUCCGUCAGUCAUGUACAGCAUCGUGGAUCUGCACUCCAUAACCCAGCCUCAGGACCCGGCCCAACUCAGGAGCAACAUACUGGACAUGGCAGCCAGCCUGCUGGCCUGCGGCAUCGACCCGGACAGGGCGAUUCUCUUCCAGCAGUCUCAGGUAUCGGAGCACGCUGAGCUCUCCUGGAUCCUCGGCUGUCUGACCAGCAUGCCUCGCCUCAGACACCUGCCUCAGUGGAAGAUGAAAAGCAAACAGAAGAAUGAAGGCAGCGUCGGCCUCUACACUUACCCCGUCCUGCAGGCCGCAGAUAUCCUCCUCUACCAGUCCACUCACGUCCCCGUCGGAGAGGAUCAGGUCCAGCAUUUAGAGCUGGCUCAGGAUCUCGCUCGCAUCUUCAACAACCGCUACGGAGAGAUGUUCCCUGAACCCGCCGCCCUGCUCAGCUCAACACGUAAAGUCAAAUCUCUGCGUGACCCCUCCGCCAAAAUGUCCAAAUCUGACCCCCAAAACAUGGCGACCAUCACCAUCACAGACUCUCCGGACGACAUCGCCCUCAAGAUCCGCCGAGCCAUCACAGACUUCACCUCUGAGGUCUCGUACGACCCGGAGUCACGUCCGGGGGUGUCCAACCUGGUGACGAUCCACGCGGCCAUGGCGAUGAUCAGCACAGAGGAGGCGGUGCUGCAGGCCCAGGGGCUGGACACGGCAGGAUAUAAGACUCUGGUUACUGACGCAGUGAUCCAGAGGUUGACGCCCAUCAGGGAGGAGAUCGAGAGGCUGAGGGGGGACCGGGCUCACCUGGAGGGAGUGCUGGAUCAGGGGACGCGUAGAGCGAAAGAGCUGGCUGCUCCGGUUCUCAGAGAGGUCCGGCAGAGGGUGGGAUUCUGCUGAGAGGGAACCAGGGUCUCUGCCUCUUGAAUUUUACUCCUUAACUGUUUACCUUUUUAAUGUACGAUGACAACAAGACAUGCAGAAAGCAACGUGGAAGACUUUCUGCUGAGUCAUCUUUGAGUCAGACUCAAAACUGAAUCACUGACGACCUUUUGUUUCUCCUUCCCUCUUGAACUGAGGAGGAUGUAUCAUGUCUAAACAUUGUCUUAUGAUACGUUGCUUUUUAUUUAUCAGCCUUUAAAUGUUGAAUGUACGUGUUUCCCUGAAUACUAAACGAUCCAUCAUUAUGGUUUCUCUCUAACAUUUAGUCUUCUUGUCCUCAGUGGAUACAGCCGUCUUUGAGGUAGCUGCCUUGCUCACAAAAUGAUGACAACUUCUGAAAAAACACAAGAAAUAUGUUGCAUUCA